AUGGAUUCGUUUGUAUUUUCAGGUAAACCUCCUCAGCAAAGAAUCAUAGGAGGCUCUGUGACUACAAUAGAGAAUUAUCCGUUUGCAGUAGCAGCCUUACGACUAAGUGUAGCGCCUACAUUAGCCUGCGGUGGUGUAAUCCUUAACAACAGAUCUGUCCUAACAGCUGCACAGUGUUUUUAUGGUACUUCCUCAUCAAAUUGGCGCCUAAGAAUAGGAUCCUCAUUUGUAUACAGUGGUGGUUCUGUUUACACUGUCUCCAAUCUGAUAUAUCAUCCAGACUUCCAGAUAUUCUACCAAAAUAACGUUGGUAUAUUCAGAUUAUCGUCUCCAAUAGUCUUUGGUGACAAUGUACAGCCUGGAAGAUUUGCGAGCGCUAACUAUAUAGUAGCUGACAAUGAACCCGUUUGGACUUACGGGUGGGGCGCUACAUCUUACAAUGGCCCCAUCUCAAAUCAGCUGAAACAUGUCCAAAUCCAUACAGUGAAUCAAGAAAUUUGCUGGAAUAGCUAUAACAUAAUUUCCAUUUCUGUCACUGAAAAUGAAAUGUGCGCGGGCAAUUUUGAGCAAGGUGGUCAAGAUCCUUGCCCAGGCGAUUACGGUGGUGCUCUACUUCAUAAUGGCAAUGUCGUUGGUAUUUCAUCUUGGGGUAGUGUAUGUGGCUUCCGACAUUAUCCAGCUGUUUAUACUCGUGUACCUAGAUUCAUCGAUUGGAUUGUGGCUAAUGCAUAAAAAAUACACUACUGUGUAGAUUACUACAAAACAUAUAAAAGAAAAUCUGCAAUUUAAAUGGAUAAAUGUUUAAUUUGACUUUUGUUAAAAGCACUUGUUUAUUAAAUUAAAUUAUUCUAA